UAGGUUAAUAUUGAACUGUGGUGAUUUUUAAGGGGUGUCACCUCUGCCUCUGGCCGGCUCACAGCGCUCUUCGCUGGGGGGGGAAGUGCUAACGCUAACUAGCUUAGCUAGCUGGCUAGGUUAACUCUAAGCUAGUAAGAUAGUCAGCUAGCUAACUAACUAGCUGAAUGGUCCAGGUGUGAGUGAGAGAGAGGAGCUUUGAGAGGAGGGACGACCCCCUCCUUCUCCCUCCUUCUCACUCCUUCACUCUCCCUCUCACAUCACUCCCUCCGCCGAGUGAGGACGGAGCAUGUGUGUAGUGUGUGUGGUGUGUAGUGUGUGUGUAGAAGCGCUAUGAAUGUGUGUGUGUGUGUGUGAGGGACAUUAGCCGUGGUGGUCUGGGACAGUAGCUGAGCGAGGAGAGGAGAGGCGGCUCUGCUAGCUAACAGCGCAGGGACGCGACAAAGCAAGUAGAAAAAGGCACAAAGAAGAAAAAGAGAAGAAGAAAAAAGAAAAAGAGAGAGAGAAGAAGAGAAAAACCAUCAUCAGCAACACCAGGCAGCCCAUGGCAGCAAAGAAAGCGUGCGUGGACCCGAGCAAACGCAGCCGAAGUCCCGUCGUGCUGGAGGCGGAGAUGUUCAGCGAAUUUCAGGAGUGGUGCCUCCGCACCUACGGCGACUCGGGCAAGACCAAGACGGUCACUCGCAGGAAAUACAACAAGAUCAUGCAGACGCUGCUUCAGAGCGACGAGGUGGACGGCGGCGUGUACGUGGACAACAGCCACAUCAACGCCAAAUUCAAGUUCUGGGUGAAGUCCAAGGGCUUCCAGGUCGGCAGCAGCAGCUGCAGCGGCGGUGGCAGUGGCAGCAACGGGGGCAGCAGCAGCGUGCUGGGCGAGCACAACAAGAAGGGGUCGGCGCCGGGGAAGCCCGUGCUCUACGUGCCCGUCAAGUCUACGUGCUCUGAUGGCGGACAGACGCAGGACAGCUCGCUGAAACGGGUGGCCGUGGUGGAGGAUUUCUUUGACAUCAUCUAUGCCAUGCAUGUGGAGAUGGGCGCUGAUCCAGGCAGAGCACCCAAACAUGCAGGCCAGAAGAAAACAUACAAAGCGAUUGCAGAGACGUAUGCCUUUCUGCCCCGGGAGGCAGUGACCCGCUUCCUGAUGAGCUGUGGGGAGUGCCAGAAGAGGAUGCACAUCAACCCCAGCACCGCAGAGUUCAAAGAAAAUGACCGUCCCACCUCUCUGGUCCCGGACCUCAUCGACUACAACAUGCCUCUCACUGCUACCUACCUAAAACAGAUGAAACUGCAGUGCAUGAAUGCCAACGAGCAGGAUGAGAGUUCGGUGAGCAGUGAAGAUCUGGACAUGGCCGAGCCAGCUUGGGUCUCUAGUGAGCGCACUCCAGCGCCCAGCGGCACUCCCGAGCAGCGGCCAGAGAGGAAGCCCACCCCUCCACAACCCAACAUCAAAGAGGAGGAAGAUGACUCCUCCUCUGAGAGCGGCAGCACUGCUAACGGCCUCCCCGCUCUGACUCCGCCCAGCGGUGCCGUUGUGGUAACGGGUGGUGUUCCGGUGUCAGAAGGCAUGGUCCCGUACGGAGAGGUGAAUGGGAACGGAGCCGCAGCGCCGCUGGACUUCAGCACCACCUCAUCCUCCUCUUCCUCAGAGGAAGGACAGCAGCCUGUCAACCUAAGUGAUAGACUGUUGCCAGGGGUUACCCCACCCCUUGGAUCAUACCCUGCAGACCCCAGCAGAAAAUAUGCUAUUAAAACAGAGUAUAACAACAAGUCUCCUCAGUACAGCUCAGGGAGCUACGACUCGGUCAAGACUGAACUGAGCGUGUGCACUGAGGAUCUGAACACAGCCCGCGCUCAGGUCAUGGAUGACGAUGAUGAUGAUCAUGAUGAUCACGACGACAGCGACAAAAUAAACGAUGCAGAAGGCAUGGACCCCGAGAGACUUAAAGCUUUUAAUAUGUUUGUGCGUUUGUUUGUGGAUGAAAAUCUGGACCGGAUGGUGCCCAUCUCCAAGCAGCCCAAAGAGAAGAUCCAGGCCAUCAUCGAGUCCUGCAGCCGCCAGUUCCCUGAGUUCCAGGAGCGCGCUCGCAAACGCAUCCGCACCUACCUCAAAUCCUGCAGGCGCAUGAAGAAGGGAGGCUUUGAGACACGGCCCACACCCCCCCACCUCACCUCCGCCAUGGCUGAAAACAUCCUGGCAGCUGCCUGUGAGAGCGAGACACGCAAUGCUGCCAAAAGGAUGCGCCUCGACAUCUACCAGACCCACGAUGAGCCAAUCACUGCAGAUAAUAAGCCCAACUCCCGGGACCCGGCCGCCUUGGCCCACUCAGGCUUCUCAUUGGCUGCCACAGCCUACUCCCAGGACCAGCUGUACACCAAUGGUGGGCUCAGUUAUAGUUUCCGUGGUUAUGGAGCCCUAGGCAACAGCCUGCAGAACAGUGGGACGACUCAGAGCAACGGCCCCACCGAUCUCAGCAUGAAGUCCCUGGGCUCCAGCUCCUCCUCGUCCUCCACUUCUAACAGCCAUGGUCAGGGAGGUGGUGGCGGCGGUGCAUCAGCCCAGCUCAGUCCGCCCGAAGUGACCGCUGUCCGGCAGCUCAUCGCAGGCUACCGCGAGUCCGCAGCCUUCCUGCUCCGCUCAGCCGACGAGCUGGAGAACCUCAUCUUACAGCAGAACUGAGAACUCGUACUGCACACGGUUCAGUCAUGUUUCACACACAAACACACACACACACACACAUGCAUACACAUGCACACAGACAUGCAACACACAUGCACAAACGUGCACAGACACAGAAAUGUGCACACCGUACAGAGUACAAAAAAUUGGGAUAUAUGCACAUUAGCAGAAAAGGUAUAUGUAGCUACAUGGACCCACACGCACAUACACACACACACACAAACACAGUCCCCUCACUCUAUAGAGCUACCUAUUUUACAUUCUUCAUGACAGCCUUAUCUUCAGUAUAGUGUCUUUACCAAAUUCCCUUAGCCCGUGAUUAGAUUUGCAGCUGGGCAGCACAACUGCCCAUGUGUUGCUGAAAGAAGUGGAGAUCCGCUAAAGUUGUGGGACAGAGAAAGGGUUGACUAAGACAAUGAUGUCAUAACAUAGCACUACAUAGAGCACAAGCUGUGAUAGAAAAGCCAGUCCUAUGGCUGAUCACAGAGAGAAACACUGCAGCACUUGUGGAGAAUAGAUCUGCACUAAUCUACACAAUCAGUUCCUUCUAACCAUUAGCAUUAUUGGCGUCUUAUCAGAAUGAGCACACAAUGUCGUUUCCUGUGUGAUUGGAUCAUCAAUAUCCAGUAGUCAUUCUCUACUCUUCAUUCCUAGGCUGUAGUUUUUAUAAUUGGUGGGAUCAUUUGUACCCAGGAGUCUAUAACAGUUAAGCGAGAAAAAUGCACAACAGUGUGAAAUGUAUCAGAAAAGAAAAAUACUUUUUGAGCGUCUUUAUGAUCCCGGCUGCUGUGCAAGAUAGUUUUAGAAUCAUUUAGAAUGUGGGUGUUUGCAGAUGAUCACUCUUUAAAAAGAUAUUUUAAAUAGAUAUUUGAUAUCUCAUUUAUUGUACUCUGGAAGAGAAGAACUUUUUGGCUAUGCUCGACUACUUCACUAAGGCUAUAUUCACACAGCAGGUGAAAGAAUCCAAGAUCAGAUUUUCUCACCAAUUCUGAUCAAAUCUGAUUAUUUUAAGCUGUUUAAACAAUUAUUUUGAAAACAGCAUUGCUUCAAAUUUAAUUUUGCUUUAAUUCAUAUCAGAAUCUCAAGAGCUAUGAAUGAGUUGUCUGACAGUUUCAGUCACAUACAGACAGCCCCUUCUAUAAACUCUUUUAAACUUUUUAUUUAUGUUUUUUUUUAACACUGAAGCAGCUCCUGUGGCUGAGGUUGGCCAUAUCAUUAAAAACGCUAAAAGGCUGCUUCUAAUAUUAUAAAAAACUAUCUUGCCAAUUAAACAGUUAUUCACAGCUGUCAUUCAUUUUCUCAUCUGCUCCCUUCUCAUGGCAUGUAAAAGUUGCAUGGAUUCUGAUCUGACACCCACAAAUCAAAUUUCAAUACCACAUAUUAAAGUGGCCCAAAUCAGAAUUUAAAAUGUCAGAUUUUAUGUGUUUUUGUUGUUUACACAGCCACACAAAUGCCACAUCUGUGUCACAUAUGAAGUAAAAGAUUGGAUUUGGGUUAAAUUUACCUGCUGUGUGAACAUAGCCUUUGUCUGCUCAUGUUGGCACUUCUGCAACCCUACAGAAAAAUGCUUUGAUGAUUUCCCUUUAAUGCCAAUCAAGAUGUUUUACAUCUUAAUGCUUUAGUGUCCAGUCUCAUCUGAAGUGUGUCUGUUUAGCUGCAGGGUUUCAUUCCGGCCAAGCAGAAGCUCAUGGCUUAAUCCAUAGGUUGUUUAAAGGCUGACCAACUGAUCACACAGGUCCAAUCAAUUGCAGUUGCUGCUGGUUGUUUAGAAAUCUUACCUGUAGCCACGCUGGGCCUUUGCGGGUUAGUUUGAACACCCUGUCUUACUUAACACAAUAAGAAAUAUCAAAUAUCGCCAUUAUCCAAGAAUUUCUGUAUCGUGCAUCAAUAAAGAUGGUUGGUAUUAAAUCUAAUUCAAGCCGAAACACAUGAGAUUUGGUGCAAACCACAAGUACACAAGUACAGCAUGUCUGUAUAGAUAAAUGGGUGCAAACUGAUCCCUCCCAACACCUUCAGGUGCGCUGUCUGAACAUUCAAGGGCUUAGUUUUAUUCAUAGCAUUUAAACAGUUUAAACAGGAAGCAUGGGAUGGCAAACUCUUAGCCAGCAAAUUUGCCAUAAAGAUGAUAAUAGGAGAAUGUAGUAGAAGCUGCAUAGACUCAUUCAAAGCCAAGCCUCCAGACAUAUAGAGAUACCGUCAAAGAAAAAAGAGGAGUGGGUGGGGUUAAACUGAAAUAUUUCUGAUAUAUCUGACAUUUGAUUAAUGCUACUGAGGUUGGGAAUAAGGUGCAAUGUAGACGGCAGUUGUUACGGCGUCUUUCUCAGACAUUACAUUCAUUAUUUACAUACAUUUAUUCUGUCUCAUAUAUAAAAAAAACACAAGCGUACAAACAGACAUUCCACUUACAGCGUCGGCGCUCGACGCGGACCGCUCGAGACGCUACAGAUCUGUCGAAGGGGCACAUCAGACUGUUGGACAUUAUGCAAAUGAAGCUGUGCUGAGUGGAAGGCUUGAAACCCCCCCUCUCCAAACCCCUCCUACACACUCCAUCGCCUUGGCAACCCCUUGCCCUCAGCACAGCAAUGCAUUCUGGGAAAAGCACACUCGCAGAAGGAACAGAUUGGUGGCGGCGGUUGCGGCAGUCUGGCUGGGAGGGGCCUACCAGAGGAACCGGCAUAUCCAUACGUGGGGGGGGGGGAGGAAAAGAAAAAAGAAAGAAAAAAAGAGAGAUGAACUGCGUUUUUCCCAUGCUGCAUUGUAAACGAAUUUUGUUAAGUUGUGAAUGCUGCUCUUGUUUUCUAACCUCAUGACUGAGUCACUUUCAUACUGUACGGGGGACCAAUCAGAAUUGUCAGAGGGACUUAUCUAUGUACAUAUGCACGAGUGGAAGAGUUGAAGGGACCUAACGAUCAGUAGAAGGAGGCCAAAGCUUCAAAAAAAAAAAAAAACCUCCAUACUGGAUAUGUCAUAAUUUUAUGUGAUGUCAGUCUUAUCCAGGAGUGGUUUCUGAUUGGCUGGGAAAGGAGGUGUAACGAUUAAGGAUUAAGUAGAAGCUAGAAGGUGUUGGAAGCUUAUGUCUCCUGUUCUUCUCAUGGAAAUUUCUGUAGUUUAUAUAGUACUCACGACUAUUCAAAGAUGCAGGCUAUGACUCUUAGCCAGCCCCCCUUUAUACUAGCCCCCCAACCCACACACACAUAUAUAUACACACACACACAGUCUGUUUGUUGUCAUUUCAAACAGAUUCUGUCCUCAGAUUUAAAAAAAAACACACUGUAUAAAGAAGCAGAAGACAAUCUCGGAGAAGCUAAUUUAAACCACUUUAGCUAUAUUAACACUUGCUCUUUGUCUCAAGCCUUUCUAACACGGCAGUGUAUAUAUAGCAAGUGUUAUAGCCAUACUCUGUUCGACAACUGUUCGAAAAACCCAAGACACACUAUACUCUCGCUGGAGGGGGGGCUUACAGUUAAGGGGAGCAAUGCAUUUUCCACUAGAUAACUGUGCUUAAUUUAAUAUCUUGAAAUUGAAAUCAAAUUAUAAUUUCUAUUUUUCAUUAUUUAUUUAUUUUUUAUUCUAUGUUGUGCUUCAUUUCCUUAUAUGUAUUUCUUUACUGUGUCUAAAGUCUAUUGAGUUCCUAAAGCUCUGUCUGUCUGUCUGACUCUAACGGGAAUUCACCUUGUGUCUCAACAUUCCAGCCAUAGCAGUCAAAGCUCUGCCAGCCCCAGCCAGAGAAUCGCAGAAUCUAACCUCAGCCAAGUGUAAGCAGAAAAUAGAUCUAGUCUGUGUGACUGAAAAUUCAAUUUUAUUAGAGUGUGCUCCUUUUCCUGUGUGAAGAAACAUUGAUUUGGGUUCCCACUGGACUAAUUUGCCCGAUUUCUGCUAGUCGUAAAUGUAGCGUGUGUAAGAUUAUCAAUGGCAAUCAUUUUAAGCAGAAGAGAAAAGGAAGAAAACACUUAAAACAGACUUAUUAACAGACUUAUUAAAAAGGAAAACCUAUUGUUUUUACUGUAAAUGUAAUAACAGUUUGAAUUUGGCCAGAUUUUGUCAAAAAACUGUAGCAGCUGUAAUCACGUAGGUGCAGGUAGAGUGUGGACACUGGAGUAACCCUUUAAAUUCAAAUACAUUAUGAAAUACAGUAGCACUUAUAAUAGGUUGGCUUGGUCAGAUCCUGGUGUUUUACUUAAAAUCUGAAAUUGACAACAUAAAUGUACAGAGCACAGUUCACUGCAUUAAUCAAUUAAUACAAAUUGAAUUUAUUGAAUUAAUUUAACUCUUAUAAGAUUAUAGAAACACUGCACCACCCCGUCACGACUUGCAUCCACCCCCUUGUGUUGUGAGUCCAUAUCUGAGUCAUUGUGGCUGAGAGAACAGGUUGAUUUCCCAUGAGUGCUUAAAGAAGGAUCGUGAGGUGGGAUGGCAAUCAGGGCUUGUUUUCUUGUUUUUUUGAAAAGUACUUAUUCCCCAAGUUUCUUUUUUAUAUAAAUCAGCCUAAUGUGGCGCAUUAGUGUAUGUGUGUCUGUGUGUAUGUAUGUAUGUAUGUACAUGUGUGUGUGUGUGUGUACAUUUUCUUGUGUGAGAUUUCAAGUGAAAUGACAGUUCAGUAAUGUUCCUGGUUUGGGAAAGCUCUGUGAUCUUUUCACGAGGUAAAGCCCAACACUCGCAUACACACACACACACACAUAAAACACAGAUACACAGACUUACAAACACAUACACAUACAGGUAGGAAACUAGAGGAAAUUUGAAGGGGGUGAGAAAAACAGAGAAAAUGCUACAAAUUAUUUUUUUAUAAGUGCAGCUGAGGUCUGCAAUCAAAAUGUGGUAAAACAACCAUUGCCUGUGUUUCUUUUAAUUUUGUGGUGCUUUGUAAAAUUAUUGUUAUUGUUCUUAAUAUGAUUAUUGUAUUUUAUUUGUUUCUACUCCUGUACCUACUGGAAACCGCGGGCCGAGGCCGCCGUUUCUCUUUGUAUACCAAUGUGAAGCUUUGUAUUAUUUCUUUCUGGUUUUUUGACUCAGUGGAAGUGUGUGAUGUUUACAUGUACAGAGGAUCCGAUUCUUUUGUCGUUUUUUAUUUCGUCGUUGUUUUUUUCUUUCUCUUUUUUUUUUUGUGUUCGUUUAAGAACUCACCCCUCCGCUCAGCCCCCACAGCCUUUGUUUUAGGACUUGAGUUGCUUCUUGAAUCUAGUGCAUGGAGGGGCUAUGUUAGAAGGUUAUAGAGACUUGGUUAAACUACUGUUUAAGGUCCUUGCACAAUUUACAAAAAAAAGAAAAACAAAACAAACAAAAAAAAAAACGAGUAUCUGUGACGGUUGUUGCUCCACAGUGGUUCGUGUUAGUAUCCCAGGGCAUAUCUGUUAAUGAGAACACUCUCAUUGAGCAUUUCUUGACAGUUGUUUAUACUUUUCUUCUGUUUCUUAUUCACGUUCUCACCGGGACUCCAAGUCUUGAAAUCGAUUCAUUGUAGUGCUACUGUAACGGAAGCCUGUUUUCCUUUACAGGUUCGCUUUACCUCUCUCGUAAACACUGUUAGAUUUUUUUAUUUAUCUUUUUUUAAUUGUUUGCACCUCAGAAGUGCAUUACUUCCUCAGCGUUAGGUCUGGAGUGAAUUGGGGCUGGGGUCCAUGUGCAAGGGCCUUUAGAGGCAGGGUGCAGUAGUCACUGCUGGUGGGUAAAAGAAAAUAAAAGUGCUGGAUGAUGAAGAAAAAAAAAAAACGGCGAGAGAGCAACAGAGAGCUUCUUAUCAGCUCAAAGUGCAACACCAAUCCUCCUCCCUUAAAUACGACACGGAGCAAACGGAGGGCCUGCUUGUUAACGGCUUUCAAAUGAUGUUUUCUGACCUUUCGCAAAGACUUGAAAUGUUGUUUUGUAAAUAAGGCCAAUGAAACGGCCUCCUCUCAGCGGCCCACGCGACUAAAGAUUUUCCAAUGUGGUUAUGGUCUCUAAUGUUCGAUUUUGCACUUUGACCUUUUGUAGAAGCUUCUCAGUGAUUUUAAAAAGCCAUUCCCCUCAUGUUGUUCGUCUAUAUGGGGAACAUAGGAACCUCAGGAACCGUUGAAUCUGAGUUUUGUUUUGUUUUUUUUGUUCUGUUGUUUUUAACUACAGGCCAAUAUGUCCUGACCGACCAGUCCUCGCUCUCUCUCUCUCUCUCUACUACCACGUCAUUUAUAUCGGAUUUGCUAUAUAUCCUUUUUUUAUAUUUAUUAUUGUGAUUUAAAAGUGAAUCUUCUUUUCAGUACACGUGGCUGAAUAUUUGAAUUCUUUAGAAAGUGUUGAUAAAUAUAAAUAUAUAUAUGAAUAUAUGUGAAGCGACUAAAAGAUGGAAAAAAUGGCAGGUAAUUCCAUUUCUGUUUGUUUCAUGCAAAAAAAAAAGAAGACAAAAAAAAAAAACGCGGGGAGGGAGGAGGGGGAGUUUCCCACCUUGAACAUAUCACUCUGAUAAGAGACUCAUUAUCGUCUGAGAAAAAAAAAGACUCUUUUUACAUUUUCAGUGUGGUGUCAACGCUACGGUCUGAAAAACUGUCUGGUUUUCCACCUGCUGCAGAGUUGCUAGGCUCUUUCCUCCAGAGGUGUGUGUGUCACGGAGUUGCUGAAUAAAAACAGUGAGCUGAAAAAUCUCA